AUGAGAGGUUUUGUUCACUACGAAAUUUUGGUGGUCCUAUGCUCAGUGCUCGUAGCAGGUUAUGCAGCUUGUGAAUCAGGAUGCGGUUCGUCUUACGAUUACUCAGCUAACAUUGAAUGCUUGGCUGAACCUUUGCCUCCUCAGUAUGGAGGUGGGAUUGUAGAAAACCCUACAUUUGACUCAGGUUUAAAUGGAUGGACUGCAUUUGGAAAGGGGGAAAUUGGAAUUGAGAAAUCUAAGGAAAACAAAUUCAUAGUAGCAACUAGCAGAAGCCUGCCAAAUGAUAGUUUCUCGCAAAACUUUCAUAUAAAGAAAGACCGUCCUUAUACGUUUUCUGCCUGGGUACAAAUUAGUGAAGGAAAGGAGACCGUGGCAGCAUUCCUAAAAAUCCCAGAUCAAGAAAGUAUUGUUAUUGGUUCAGUGGUAGCUAAAUCUGGCUGCUGGUCCAUGCUUAAAGGAGGAUUCACGAUUGAUCAAAAGAUGACAGCCCAACUCUAUUUUCUGAGCAACAAUACCCGUGUUGAAUUGUGGUUAGACAAUGUUUCUUUGAAACCAUUUACAAAAGAGCAGUGGAGUAAGCAACAAAAGAAAAGCAUAGAAGAGGUUCGAAAGAGAAAAAUAAGAAUCCAUGUUUAUAGCCGUGAAGGAAAGAAGCUCCAUGGUGUAAAUAUCACCAUAAACCAAACAAGACCUCUAUUUCUGCUUGGUUGUUCAACUGCAAAGCGUAUCUUAGAUAUCAAGGCUUACCAAGAAUGGUUCACUCCCCGGUUCACUGCAGCAUCCUUUAAUAAUGAAAUGAAAUGGUACUACACGGAGGAGUUACAAAAUCAGGAAAACUACACUGUCCUGGAUGGCAUGAUUUCCUUAUUAAAAAACCAUAGGAUUUCAAUUCGUGGCCACAAUAUUCUUUGGGAUAAACCAAACAUGAAUAUGGAUUGGGUACGAAACUUGACCCGUCAAGGGCUUCUUGCUGCGGCUGUCCGCCGAAUGGGAUCUUUAAUGUCUAGAUAUUCUGGCGAUAUUUUUCAGUGGGAUGUUGUGAAUGAGAAUUUACACUUCUCCUAUUAUGAAGAUAGACUUGGGCCAAACGCUUCAGCAAUGUUUUACAAGAUUGCUCAAGCACUAGAUCCCCAAGCUACUAUGUUUCUCAAUGAGUAUUCUACUCUGGAAAAGCCGUUGGAUAUGGAGGCCAUCCCAUCCAAGUAUGUAGAAAGGAUCAGGCAGAUCAGGUCGUUCCCGGGCAAUGAAAACAUGGUAAUUGGAAUUGGAUUACAAUCUCAUUUCAUAUUAAGACCAAAUAUUUCCUACAUAAGGUCUUCCUUAGACGUUCUUGGUGCAACCAAAAUGCCCAUAUGGCUCACGGAAUUUGAUGUUAUAAGAGGCCCUCAACAGAACUUGAUGAUUGAGAUGGAUCACGAGCAAGAUCAUCCGAUAGCUGAAACAAAGGUGUCGAUAAGCAUCCUCGUCGGCCCUCUAAUGCCUAAGUUAGAGAGAGAAUGUAUACGUGAGGCUAUGAACUGA